AUGUCUACCACCAUUUGCCAAGUGAUGGGCUUUUGUGUCGCAGCCCUUGGGUUUGCGGGCUGUAUUGUGGCCACAGCGAUGGAUCCAUGGAGCACCCAGGAUUUAUACAAUAACCCAGUGACAUCGUUAUUCCUAUAUCAAGGCCUUUGGAGGACUUGUGUGAGUCAGAGUUCGGGUCUUACUGAGUGUCGGCCUUAUUAUACAAUUCUUGGGCUUCCAGCGAUGCUGCAAGCUGUAAGAGCACUGAUGAUCGUGGGCAUUGUUCUGGGUGCUUUUGGUCUCCUGGUGGCUACUUUUUCUCUGAAAUGUUUACGGAUGGGCAACAUGGAAGACUCUGCAAAGGCAAGCAUGACUUUGGCGGCGGGAGUCAUGUGCAUUGUAGCUGGUAUCUGUGCUAUCUGUGGAGUAUCUGUUUUUGCCAACAUGCUUGUCACAGACUACUGGAUGUCAACUGCUAAUAUGUACCAGCCAGGAAUGAUGCAGUCACUUCAAGUAAGAUACACAUUCGGUGCUGCUCUCUUUGUGGGAUGGGUUGCUGGAGGCCUGGCCUUUGUGGGAGGCAUUAUGAUGUGUGUUGCUUGCCGAGGACUGGUACCCGAGGAGACCCAUUACAAGGCAGUCUCCUACAAGUCUGCUGGGUAUAAAUCUGCUUAUGAAACCAAGAAGACUCCAGUAAUGGAUAAUAAUACAGUCAAAAGUGAUGAAGGAAGACGUUCAAAAUAUGACUAUGUAUAG